AUGGACAGGGGUGCUGUGUUCGUGAAUGCAAAAGAUACGUACAGUUAUUUUACGUGGGAAGUGAGAUAUGGAACAGCAAGUCCCUUGGGUAUUCUCAUCAACGGCCAAUUUCCAGGUCCAAACAUAGAUGCCGUCACCAAUGACAAUAUCAUUUUAAAUAUCAUUAACAAGCUUGAUGAACCUUUCCUCAUCGCAUGGAAUGACAUCAAACAGAGAAGAACUUCAUGGCAAGAUGGAGUUCUAGGGAACAACAGCCCAAUCCCUCCAAACUCAAACUGGACAUACAAGUUCCAACUCAAGGAUCAAAUUGGAACUUACAAUUAUUUCUUUUCUACCAAACUUCAUAGAGUUGCCGGGGGAUUUGGUGCUUUCAAUAUUGACCAAAGGUCUAUGUCGCUGAGGCGACAAUUGGACGCUGGCAAACCUCUUCCUUUUCCUGAUGUUCUUCCCAUAAAUGGCCAAAAGAAUUCUGCCGUGUUUACCGGUGAAAAAGCUCGGCCGAAUCCUCAAGGGUCAUUCCACUACGGAACCAUCCCAGUUGUAAGGACAAAGUUUAACCUCAAAACUAUCAAAAAUAACCCUCCUCCUCCGGGUACCCCUGCUAAGCUAGGAGUCUCUGUCGUCGUGGGACUCGCCCUUCAGGACUUUGUCGAAAUUAUUUUCCUCAACAACGAGACCACUGUCCAACCCUGGCACAUGGAUGGAUCUAGUUUCUAUGUAGUCGGGAGGUACUUGGGGGAAGAGUUGUAUCUGAGGGUCUGGAACAAUGAAAAGAGCCUCUUCACUGAGAUUUGUCCGCCUCCCAAUCUACUGUUUCGUGGCAAGGCCAGGCACCUGCACUAUUACGAGUGGGUGACUGUCAAAUACAGUGAAAUAUGCACGAGUUUUGGAAUAUCGAGGUCAUUAUAUGAGAAGAAAUGCUGA